CGGUGCGGGCAAGCUUCCGGCUGCUGAUGGUUUAUUAGAAGGGCGGGGAUAAAAAUUUCCCGCCGGCGCUCUCGGGGUAGGCGGGACGGCUGCCCUCCGCGCGUCGCUCCACUUGCGGGCCGCCGGGGCAGAGCUGCAGUGGGCGGGGUGCCAGUUACUUCCGCGAAGGGGAAGUGGGCAGGGCUGAUGCGCGGGGCUCCGCGGGUAAUUUCGCGGGUUUCUGGCUUUUCCAAAUCCUUGUUUGUUUUCUGGGAGCCGAGCUCCUCUAAGGUCCGGGGGUUUGUGACGUCCCGCGCACUUCAUCGCGAAGCUCUGUCAGAGGGUCCCGUUUCUUAGCUACGGUGCCUCCUCCUUCCUGGGGGUGAGUAGCAGACGGGCGGGCGAUCUGCGCCAGGUGUCUACGUCCCGCCGAGGAGACAGAAGCUUAAGUGAAAAUGGUACAUAUUAGAAGACAUGAAACAAGGAAAAAUUCUAAAACUCAAGAGUGUGAACAGAAAUCUCGAGUGGAUUGGAGGCGGACUAAAAGAAGUAGUCUCUCACAAUUAUGUGAUAGUGAUGAUGAACUUGAGAGCGAUGAGAAGCUUGAUAGUGAUGAAAGUGUUGACAAUAAUGAAAGUGUUGACAGUGACGAAGAGCCUGAUAGUAACGAGGGGCUUGAUAGUAAUAAGAAGCCAGAAAAUGAAAGAGAGCUUAAAUUAAUUAAAGUUGAAAGUGAAGGAAACAAUAGUAAGCAUCUCAUUAACACUGACAACAGUUCAACAUAUGAAGAAGAAAAGAACAAAACCAAACAUGGAAGUAUUGACUUACCAGAUCAUGAAAAGCAUUCAGGUCAAGAGGAAGAUGAUCUCAACAAACACUCUGGACAAAUAACAGAGGAGGAUUUAGAAGAAGAACACAUCAAGCGAGGGAAGAGAAAAAGGACCUCCUCUGUGAUGUACGACAGUGAUGAAAGUGACGACAGUGAUAUCCUUGUUAGAAAAGUGGGAGUUAAACAUCCACGUAGAGUGGUUGAAGAUGAAUGUUCUUCAGUGGAGAUGGAGCAAAAAGAACCUGAAAAAACUUUAGCUGCAAGAAAGCGAGAACAGCUCCAGAAACUGCAAGACCUCUCAAAACAGAGAUCUCGUCAGAGACGCAGUAGUAGUAGAGAUUUUGAGGACUCUGAAAAGAAAUCCUGCCCAAGCAGUGAUGAAAAUGAUGAGGAGGAGGAGGGGAAGGAGGAAGAUGAUUAUGAAUAUGAUGAAGAUGGAGAUGAUUAUGUUCUUGAUGACUUUGUAGUGCAAGAUGAGGAGGGUGAUGAAGAGAAUAAAAGCCAACGAGGAGAAAAACUGAAAUUAGUAAAGCAGAAUUCUCUUUAUUCUUUUAGUGACCACUAUACUCACUUUGAAAGAGUUGUGAAGGCUCUUCUGAUCAAUGCUCUAGAUAAAUCUUUUCUGGGAACAUUAUAUGAUGGCACCAGGCAAAAAUCAUAUGCACAAGAUAUGUUGACAUCUCUUCAUUAUUUGGAUAACCGCUUUGUUCAGCCUCGUCUAGAGAACUUAGUCUCUAGAAGUCGUUGGAAAGAGCAAUAUAAGGAGCGAGUAGAAAAUUAUUCUGAUGUAAGUAUCCGUUUGAAGAAUCCUGAGAACUGUUCCUGCCAGGCUUGUGGAUUGAAUCGCCACUGUAGAUAUUCGGUGCAUUUAUCAGGAAAGUUAUAUAACACCAGGACUAUGGAAAUAGAUGAUUUCAUGUCACAUGAUAAACAGGUGUUUACUGUUGGCAGAAUUUGUGCUAAUCGUACCAGAAUUUACCAUGAACUGAAACAUUUUAAAUUCAAGCUGUACCAGGAAUGUUGCUCCAUUGCAAAGACAGAAGAGGUUGAAGAUGAACAGGUUAAAGAAACAGUGGAGAGAAUUUUCAAUCAGUCAAAAGAAAGUGGCUGGAUUAAGGAGAAAUACGGUCAACUUCAAGAAUAUCUCAGUUCUGCGGAUUACUUUCAAGAUGAGAAGUUUGACUGAAUUGUAACACAUUUCCUUCAGAGAAGAUUUUAUAAAUUCCUGUAAAUUUGAAGAUCAUGAGUCUUGUUUCUCUGUAUCAUGUGACAUUUAUAUAUUUUAUGUAUAGGUUCAUGGCAAAAUAUCUUGUGUGAAACAUAUGUUCAUCUUAAUUUCCAUGAAAUGGCACUCUACAGUCUAAUAAAACUUUUAUCCGCUGUACAUAGAAAACAUAAGCUUAAUCAUUGUUAAGUGUAUUUUAAAGUUAUAUAACAAUGCCUUUAUAACAUACGACUAUCAAGUGAAUGAGCUGUUCAUGUACUGUCAGUUUAAUAGAAAAACACUGUAUUUAAAGAAUGUAUUUAGACUAACAUCUAUACGUAUUUAUUGCUGAAUUCCUGCCCAGAUCUGUUUAUUACCCUUUUGCAGUAUUUUAAAUGAUCUUCACUAAUAUAUUUUUUACUACUGUCAUUAUCUAAAUCAGUGGGCCAUGAAAGAAACAUCAGUGUCUCAUUCAAUUCAGUUUCCUUGCCUCAGAAUCAGACUGUAGCUUACCCAUUUUAAGUAGAGGAGUGCUUUUUCUCCUCUUCCAGAGUUUCCCUUACGAAUAGAUUUCAGGCCUCCAGAGUCUUCCAACCCUCACAUUCAGGAAUAAUUUCAUGAUAUGUAUUUUCAUGCUUCAUAAUGUUCGUUCUUUUUCCUAUCCAAUUUUGUCUACAGGUUAAUGAUUUAAGAUGUAGUUUAUUUAUUUUUAUCCAUUACUUUUCCCACAUAACUAUUUAUGUUAGGAUCAGAAGAUCUCAGAGAGACAAAUUCAGCCAAAAAUAGUUUAAAAGCAUAUUUUGGCAUCUUCAUUGCUUUGUACAUCUACAUUUUCACUUAAUAUAAAUAUAAUAAAGUAAAUAAUAAAGUAAAAUGGUUUCAGAGUGAACAAAUGGACCAUGUCUAUUCUGUAUCUUUAAUUCUUAAAAGUGGUAUUCUCAUAGGAUCCAGUUCACUGUGGAAUUUUAUUUAUUUAUUUAUUUUUUACAUCUUUAUUGGAGUAUAAUUGCUUUACAAUGGUGUGUUAGUUUCUGUUGUAUAACAAGGUGAAUCAGCUCUGCAUAUACAUAUAUCCCCAUAUCUCCUCCCUCUUGCGUCCCCUGUGGAAUUUUAGAUACUUGUUUCUUACUUGAAGUGUUGGUUGAACCUAGCUUCAUCUGUUAUGUGGUUCAUGGAAUGGACUUCAUAACAAACUGCAUACAUUAAAAAUUGCAUUUUAUUAAGUCCUUACGUAGAGAUUACUUAAUAUUUUCUGCAAUUAAUUUUCCAAAAUUAUCCCUAUUAUCAUUGUAAACAAAACAGGGAGAAAGAGCUUACAAAGUUGUGAGAAUACUGAUGCUGAUGUUUCAUGUGAGGAGUGCAUACCUUUUUAAAAGUGUGAAAUAGAAAUUUCAGUCACAUAUCUCUAUUAUUCUUAUUUUUCUGUCGUAUGGGAAUAAUCCUUAACUAUAUGAAGCCACAGUUGAAAGUUGAAGUGAGUGUCCAAAAAGAUGCAAGGCAGAGUUUAGAGGAAAAGUGAUAGUCAAGUGGGAAGGGUGAAGGAUCAUGAAUGAUUUGUUAAAAAAGAAGUCCAAGAAAAGCAAGGGAAUGAUCUCCAAAGUAUCUCUGAUGACCCGGGAAGCAUCACUUCUUGUAUGUGACACUACAGACAAGCUUGAGCCAGCUGAAGAGUGAGAGUUCCAACUGAAAGUUUUAAAAAUUAAUUUAUUCUUUUAAAUAGCAUGCAUUUAAUUUGUAAAAAUGAAAGCACUAAUGAUUUUAGGGACUUAUGAUGGCAGCUGACCCAGUUCCCAGAUCAGGCAUCGUGUUGGCUUGAAGCAUUUUUCCUAUUAGAACAGCAUUCUGACUGUCGGUCAGGAAAUGCUAAUAGGUAGCUUUGCUGAUGUCUAAGGUCACUGCAACCGGGCAAGCUUCUUCAGUAGGUGUUUGGAGAGUACAAGAGGCUUUUAUGUACAUGAUAACACCAAAAGUAUGGCAAAGAGACAGGCUGUCAGGAAAUGAGAAUUAGCAUGGAUCAUGGGGCCAAAAGCAAGUAGUCUAGAAGAAAAUAGAAAUGUUGAAAAAUUAGAAUUAACUUUUGCAGGUAUUAUGACAUACUGUAUUAUUUUAUCAUCAUCAUCAUCGUUGAUAUCAUUGAUUCUAUAUAACACAAAAAAUAGUUUGUAAACUUAUAAAUCUCACAUGUCUAUGAACUUUUUAGGUCUGGGCAUUUAUUACUAUAGUGUUAAAUUCUUUGUGUUAGGUAGCUAUGGAUAGUAGAGAUGAUGAGGAACACAGAUGGACAAAUAAAAAGGAACUAAUGCUUUAAAAAAAAAUCCAUAGAGCUAUUACAGAAGCUUUAGAGAUAUAAAAGAGGGAACAGUUCCAUAAAAGGGAAAGACAAGGAAAAAAAGAAAUGUUUAUUUUAUUGGCAGCUGUAUGUAAUUGACCAUAUUUUCUCACUUGUCUGCUCUCAUACUCAGAUGAGUAGUUCUAUUCACUACUCAUUUCUUGGAGGUAUUAUAGGACUUGCUUAGACUCCAGCAUGUUGAUUGAGGUGUAAUUGCAGCCCUUGAGCUAUUUUGGGUAUAGUCUGGUUUCCCUGUAACUCUUUUCACACUUGAUACUGAGGCAGCAAGUCCAGUGGUUAAGAGAAUAUAGGUUUGAAAUCAGCCUUGAGUUUGAGUCCUGAUGUGUUACUUCCUAGUUAGCUUAAGUAGUUUAAUUUCAGUAAGCCUCAGUUUCCUCAUUUAUAAAUGGGGUUAAUAAUACCUCUCCCUCAGGAUAGCUGGUGGAUUAAAGGAGAUAUAUGUGAAGUGCUGUGCUUGAAACAGUGACUGUAAAUAAACAGUAACUGAUGUGAAUGGAAAUGAGGUUGUGGAUGAUGAUGUCAGCUUGAAAUUAAAUGGCUGUAAAGGGUAAAUUUGUACAAA